AUGCUCUCAGGACACAUGCCUGGAAGUGCCCAUGGGAUCCUCUCUCUGAUAACGGUGGUGUUCGUCCUCCCAGAGGUGUCUGGACUCCAGUGUUAUGGCUGCAACAUCAUCGUUGGCACCAAAAAUGUGGACAUGGGGUGCUCUAACCCAGAGGUGAUCACCUGCUCCCACUCCCACCAGGGCUUCAAACACCGGUUCUGCAUUAAGACAGAGAGCGUGGUCCUGGGCAUCCUGCUGACCAGCGGCUGUGCCACCUCCCGUCACUGCCAGCAGCAGGAGCUCCCGGGGGUCCGCAUCCACUGCUGCGACACAGACCUCUGCAACGGCUCCCCCAGAGCCCCCCGGCCGCCCCCCGGCCUCGCUGGCGGCUGCCUCCUGCUGCCCUGCAUCCUUGCUGCCCUGCUCCUCUCCUGA